CAGCAUAGAGAGUCAUGAAGGUUGAUCGGAUCGUGUUAGCUAUGGAAUACUCUUUGUUCUUCAAUUGCCUACUCUCUAUGGCCCGCGCUACAUAAAAUAACAUUGGUUGUCUGAGGAUGUUUACUGGGUUUUGGAGCACAUACAGACCCAACGAUCUCUUCAUUCGUCUUCAACCCCCCUGUGAUAUGCGGAGGGCACAUACAGAAACUGCAUUGAAUAUAAAUCCCUUCCACUACUUACUAUCACGUUUCACACAGUCCGCGGGCAAGUCCAGUCUUGUACCGCCCUGCCUGGUGCGGUUUCCGAGCCUUCCGCACAUUCCGUUCCCGCUACCUUUAUAUCCAUCCCCAGGUUCCAUCUUUUCACCCGACGUCAUGUGAAACGUGAAAUGAGUAUAUACAUGCAAUAAUGAUAACGCGUAUUUCCGACUUGAGGGGAAGAAAUGAUAAAUCCUUGCAUAUAUAGAUAUAUCUCUCUCCACUGGUUCACGCGGCUGUCAUGGUAGGGACGGAGAUGGUUCGAACUAGCCAGCCAUGGAUAAUGCCGGGGAUAGAUGCAGAUGAGCAUUCACACGACAAAUUCAUAUAAGAGUGUUGUUAGUAACCUGGGCGUGUUGGAGGAUUUGCUCCAAAUAGAUGUUUGUCCUGAAAUCACGAAGCGAUUCGUAGAUGCGCUGUUCUGGGCAGGUCGGAUAAGACAACAGGGAAGGGACCGUCCGUAGCCCGCAGAGACACACAGUACGACUCACUCUGACAGCUGAAUUUCCAUGUUUGAGGGUAGUAUUUAUUAUCUGUGGAAUCAUCUCAAUGGCCAUACAACCGCACGGGUGCCGGAGACAUUUUCUCGGUUCCGCCGCUACUCGAUUGUCCUGGGGAAUUCUGGCUUAUUUGUCAACUGGAAGGGGGUAUCAUGAAAGUGGGGUAUACAUCUCUAGACAGCGAUCCAACAUAGUAUCGAACAAUCAACGUUUAGCCGGUGGGUGGGUGUGUGGGUGCUGUUGCCAGUUCUCCGAGCAGUUUCUAGUAGGUUGCGGGAUCGAUGGCCGCCGCUGGGGUUCUAGAAGAAUGGCCGGAGAAGAAGAAACGUUGGUAUUUUUAUAUCAAAGGUAUUAUUUUGAGCCUAGUAGAUGACUGUGAGAUAUCAACAUAUUGAUACCGGAAUGCGAAAAGCGUCACUGCCUGUGGAGAAAAUGGAAUAACAUCGAUCCUCUCCGCUCCGGGUGUAAGUGGGGGCAAAAAUAUCAGGCGCAUCGGCCCUCCAGAACACGUCUUAGGUGUUGACGACAUGCAUCAAACAGCCCAUUCUCCUUGGCAAAGACGUUGCGGCCAUUUCGCGCUAGAUGUGACGAGAUAAAUAAGAUGUCUUGCGAUGUUGUUUAUGGAGAUGGAUGAUGGGGGGGAGUCGGUGUAGACAGUGCAUUACUGCUGGGAUGGCCUCCGCGCACGCAAGUAGGGGCGAACGGAGCGGACGACGAGAGAUGGUGAAUGCAGAAGUUAUACCAGAGCUGGAAGUUGAAGUUUGAUGAGUGCUCGCAGUCCAGUAGAUGAUGUAGCUGAUAUAGUUGGUGUAUUGUUGAUGUGGUGGUUGAUGUGGUUGGUGGUUGUGGUGUUGUAAUUUAAUGGCUGGUGGUGGAGUGUUUUUUUCCCCUUCGCCGCCAUUUUCAACUUCCUCCCAUUUCAGAUUUCAGCCUCCAGAUUUCUUCUGUCACCACAAACCAAACCAAAUAAGAAAAAGAGCCCUCCACAACGACGACAACCACUGACAGCUCCAGCUGGUUGGCAACUUGAACUCCUCCAUACUCUGUUCUCUCCCCCGACCUAUUGGCUAAUUCCCGUUUUCUCUAUCUCUCCUCUUUGCCUCCUCUUGCUCCACAGUUGCGCGUCCUCCGCACUUCUUGUUCCUCUGUCCUCUCUCUCUCUCUCCCCACCAUUUUCGCGUCACUUUUCCCGCGAGUCCCCCUACUUUUUCCCAAUACCUACCCCGUUAAUUCCUAAAAUCCGGCGGAGGUGAAUGUCCUAGUAGACUGCCCAUAGCUAGUCUCCAAAUUGUCGACGAUGCUGUUUGCGGGCUGUCUCUGGUCGGUAUCGGGCUGUUAGCCAUCUAUCUGUCUCUCCCCAUUAUGUCACGCGCCUCGGCGGGCUUCGCAGACUUCUUCCCUACCGCUCCCUCAGUCCUCCAGAAGAAGCGCUCCUCCAAAGCUGCCCAAGACCGGCCAAAGGGCAAGCUCAAACACGACGAUGAUCCCCAGUCCUCCAAUCCAGCGCCCACCGCCGCCACCGCCGCCGUCACAGUCACUGGUGUUGGUGUCCCUGGUGCGGAAGAGGGCGGGGCCUCAGACAACAACACCAACAGCGAUGUGCACAACAACAUCAACAGCAACAACAACAACAAGAACAACAGUAGCAGCCAUACUAAUAUAAAUAGCAAUACUCAAUUUGAUGAAUCCGCUGGCGCUGUUGCUCGCGGGGAUGUAAAUAUCACUCCAGGCGAUGCCAACGGUGUAGGUUCAUCCAGCUCUACUAGCACAGGUUCCUCUGUUUUCAGCGCAUCCAUUUUGCCCCAGCCUGGGUUAACGACUUCUAACGGAAUAACGCACCCUCAUGCCCUCACUCCUCUAACCAAUACAGAUUCGUCUCCCUCGUGCAAAAUCGCCAGCCCGUCAGGCCAAAAAUCAAUUGCUGCAACCGGUGAAAUAGUACCCACGAGUCGCUUUGUGGACGAUAUCAAAGCAACAAUCACCCCCCUCCAGACUCCUCCAACUCCGCGAAUCCAGGCUCGACCUGCAGGAAAUGCACCAAAGGGCUACAAACUAACCUAUGACCCAGAUUUGGAACGGAAACCUUUAACCAAAGAAAAACGGAGGAAGCCUCAAUAUGAAGUCUUUGACACUACCGAGGACGAAGCUCCGCCUGCAGAUCCACGCAUUGCCAUUGCCAACUAUACUCGUGGCGCGGGAUGUAAGCAAAAAACGAAGUAUCGCCCUGCGCCUUAUAUUCUUCGACCAUGGCCGUACGAUCCCGCUACAUCUGUUGGGCCCGGUCCACCAACACAAAUUGUAGUAACCGGCUACGACCCUCUAACCCCUCUGGCACCGAUUAGUGCCCUCUUUUCCAGCUUUGGAGAUAUCGCGGAGAUCAAAAAUAGGACAGAUCCAAACACUGGUCGGUUUCUGGGUGUCUGCUCUAUACGGUAUAAGGAUUCGAGAAUGUUUCGUGGCGGAGGACCCCUCCUAGCGGCGCAGGCUGCGCGAAGAGCGUACCUGGAGUGUAAAAAGGAACAGCGCAUUGGAGUACGUCGGAUACAGGUCAGUCUUGAUCGUGAUGGAGUAGUCAGCGACCGGCUCGUUGCAAGGAUUAUUGGGUCGCAGAGGCAGCAAGAACCUCCGCCGCUCGUGAUGGAAGAAAAAAUGAAAUCGGAGGAACAAGAUAACCUCCCGCCCCCAACAGCGCCCAAGGGCCCAUCGCGAAAGCCGAACAUGCUGAUACCCGAAGGCCCACGAGCGACGAUGAUGAAGCCUCCCGCACCCUCGCUCAUCGAGGAGACGCCGAUCCUUGACCAGAUUAAACGAGACCCUUACAUCUUUAUCGCUCACUGCUACGUGCCUGUACUUAGUACCACGAUACCUCACCUGGAAAGGCGGUUAAAACUCUUCAACUGGAAGUCGGUUCGCUGCGAUAAAACUGGAUAUUAUAUCAUUUUUGAUAAUUCCCGGCGGGGCGAGGAGGAGACGGAACGGUGCUACAAGAUGUGCCAUAUGACCGCGUUAUUUACCUAUGUGAUGAAUAUGGAAAGCCAACCGUAUGGUAACCCAAACUACGUCCGCAGUCCCAGUCCUGAACGAGUCAAGGCGGAGCAGCGGGAGAAAGCGGAGAAGGAACGGUUACAAAGGGAGGAUGAAUUGGAUAUCAAAGAGGAGAAAAAGCUACGCGCUGCUGAUCUUGACCCUGCCCGGGAAGUGCUUCUUGUGCUUGUUUCUGAGCUUAGGGACAAGUUGCUGGAAGAUGUCAAGUCUAGAAUAGCUGCCCCAGCCCUCUACGAUUACCUCGAGCCCGGUCGUCACACCGCUAAGCGACAAAAGUUGGGGAUCCCUGAUCCUGAGAGCACUCAGCGUCCUGCGUUCCGAAUUGACACUUCCGAUGACACUAUCGUUGGAACACCGGAUUCGCGCACAGACUCAAGGAGUCGCGCGCCAUUUGGCCCUUCGAAUAUCCUCUCCCUUCCGCGUAUUCGCAAGAUGCAAGGCCUGGAGAGCGCUAAUGAUGCUUUCAUAGAUGAAAGGCGAAGACGGCCACCAAGACGAAGAGAGUUUAGACCCCUCUAUCAUCGCCUGCAGCAACUCCAUGAAGAUGAAGAUUCGGAUGAUGAACGAAGGACUUCGUUUACGCGGGACACAGAGGAGCAGGAGAGUCGACCGCUUAGCCGUAUGAGCAUGAUGUCGGAUUCGGAGAAUGAAGAUGGGUUUGGAGAUGAGCCGAUGGCUACCGAAGCUGAUGAGGAGCAACUGGGUGUCAAAGCUAUCAAAGAUGCCACUAUCGACGAGCUCGAGCAUACCAUGAUGGACCUGUCGCCUGCCUCGAAGAAAAGAAAGAGGAUUUCUGAAGAACUACAAGCUCGGAAAAGGCAGAAGGAAGAUGAAGAACUAUUUGGCUUGCUUGAUUCUACGAAACUUGAUGAGCAGAUCAAGCCUGAGCUGACGGACUUGGAUGUGGAUGACGCUGCAGCAGUCAUCGAGCCAAUGACACAGAUCAAGGUCAAGAAAUCCAAGGCGAAGAAGAAAUCCAAGAAACAAAUAUUCGAGGAGCGGGAAGCGUUGAAAUUGAAGGAGCUAGAAGGCAUAGAGCAUGUUCCUCCGAGAGAAGAUACUAUCACGAUCAAACCUCUACCAAUAGAGGAAGAGAAAUCGAUCGAGGAUGUUGUUCCUGAAAUCUUCGAGGAGACCAGGCCGGAAGUCGAAUGGGGUGUCUCCAGAGAUGUGCCCAGACCCACCGUCGAGGAUGAUGAAGCUAUCAUCUUGGAUCUUGACGGGUGGCAGAACCUCAUCAAAGACGACGAGGAUAUUCGAUUCCUUCGAGAAGCCCUUCAAGAAUAUCCACCCUCAGACAUUGGAAACCUAUCCGCUUGGGCUUGGAGACAAAAAGAAAUCAAAGCUAUCAAUCGUGCUGGUGAAAGAGGACCUGUCCAUACGGAAACCAAAAUCAGUGGCUAUUACGUUCCCAACUCAACCGGUUGCGCCCGCACAGAAGGGAGAAAACGAAUCCUUGAAUCCGAGAAAUCAAAAUAUCUCCCCCACCGCAUUAAGGUACAGAAGGCCCGCGAGGAACGCGAGGCCCUUGCAAAGGCAGAUCCGCAAGCCGCUGCUGCAGAAGCAGCGCGACUGGCUGCCGCCAAGACGAUAUCCAAGUCCACGUCCCGUUCUACCCGCGUCAACAAUCGUCGUCUCAUCGCUGACAUCAACGCGCAGAAACAGGCGUUGCCCAUGCAGGGCGGCGAGGGCGACGUCCUUCGUUUUAACCAGCUUAAGAAACGCAAGAAGCCUGUGCGUUUCGCACGCUCAGCCAUUCACAACUGGGGUCUGUAUGCUGAGGAGAAUAUCUCUGCCAAUGACAUGAUUAUCGAGUAUGUGGGCGAGAAGGUCCGGCAGCAGGUGGCUGAUAUGCGAGAGCGGAGGUACCUCAAAAGUGGCAUUGGUAGCAGUUAUCUCUUCCGCAUUGAUGAGAAUACAGUCAUCGAUGCGACGAAGAGGGGCGGUAUUGCCCGGUUUAUUAACCAUAGCUGUACUCCGAAUUGUACGGCAAAGAUUAUUAAGGUGGAUGGGAGUAAGAGGAUUGUUAUUUAUGCGUUAAGGGAUAUUGAACGAGAUGAAGAACUUACGUACGAUUAUAAAUUCGAGCGGGAAUGGGAUAGCGACGACAGGAUCCCGUGUCUCUGUGGCUCGACCGGGUGUAAAGGCUUCCUUAACUGAAUUGACCUUCCUGGUUCCUAGUCUAUUUGUUGUUUACCUACUCAGCCUCCUCGCCUUCUGGCUUUCUCUCUCUCCAGAGAUGGGAUGUGUGAUACCAUACAAUACGAUAUUUUACCCCUUUCUUUUCUUUGGUUGUUUAUUAUUUUUCUCUUUCACAUUUUUGAUCCGUGCCGAUUGAACAGAUUAUAACACGACACGACAACAUCGAAUCACCGAAUGUUUUUUUUCUCUCUCGUGCCGUAUAUUUUUGCCUUGGUGGUUUUUUCUUCUAUUAUUAUUAUUAUUUUCUUUUACCAGCAUCUAGUCUUUAGGGCAACACCGGAAAAUGGGGGCAAAAGCGAGAAAAACUAAAGUUCAGAAAGUAAUUUUCACUGGGAAAGGCGUUCACUUUUUUUCUUCUCGUUUCUUUAGCUCCUUCGUUUUUUAUAUUUGCGUCUGUCCGUAUAGGGAUAUUUCUGGCGUUAUCGUCUUGUUUCCAUACCGUUUUCCAUUUGUUCCGAGGUUCUUCUCUCCCCAUGGAGCCUUAUUUUAUUACGUAGGGGAUAGGAUAUGGGUAUGUUUCUGUUCAGGGGUUUAUUUAUUUCACCUUUCUUUUGGUGGUGAUAUUUUUUACUGUUCAAAGAGGAUUUGGUGCUGCUGUCUGUACCUUUUAUUUUUACUCCUCUGACCAUUCUUGUGUCUAAUAUUAUAUUUUAUUUUCCAGCGCUUUUUAUUUUCCCGUCCUUAUUCACGAUGGCUAUGUAUAAUAACUUCCCUUUCCUCCACUACAUACACACAUAUAUAUAUAUGUUUUCGUUUUGCCCACCUUGUGCUUUAUUUCUUCUCUGGCCUCCGGGAUCUAUCUAUCUAUUGUCCCUUUUAUGUCUUAUUCACUGUGUCUAUGGACGGAGCCGCGGGGGAAAAGAGAAAAUAUUACAUGGGGGUAAUUGAAUGAGUCUGCCACUUUCUUUCUCUAUCUAUUUUUUUUUUUUUUUUUAAUAGGAAUAUUUCAGCACAAAUUACCAAUGCAGGGUAAUAAUACAAAUAUUAACGUAGUUUCUUC